AUGUCAGAAUUUUCCUCAAAAACAUUUAAUGCCAAACUAUAUAGUGUUUCAAGACCAAAUUAUCCCAAAUCAUUAUACAGUUAUUUGUUAAAAUACCAUCAAUUAAAAAAUACUCAAAGAUCCUCGUCACCAUCCUUCCUCAUUGAUGUUGGUUGUGGACCAGGGACAGCAACACUCCAAAUGUGCCAACAUUUCCAUACAAACUUCAAUUCCAUGCUUGGUGUUGAUACUUCAGAAGUCAUGAUUAAACAAGCACAGAAUAAUAAUACACAGUAUCCUAAUUUGUCCUUUAAAGUCGCCGGAGCAACAGCUUUAUCCAAAGUUGUACCUCUAGCUCAUUCGGUUGAUAUGAUUACAGCUGCUCAAUGUGCACACUGGUUUUUGCCAUUUGGUGAUUUUUUAAAAGAGGUUAAAAAGUGUCUAAGACCAAGAACAGGAACAUUGGCGAUUUGGGGAUAUAUUGACCCAAGAUUCGUUGAUUAUCCCGAACUAGAUACCCUAUUGUACGAAUUAGAUCGUGCCAAAAACCAAUUUGGUCCCUUUUGGCAAGAACCUGGUAGGCAAAUACUGAGAGACUUGUUGGAUGCGCAGAAAAUCAAUCCGGAUAUUUUCUACGAUAUACAAGAACUGAAAUAUACCAUACAAGAUUAUCGCAGAGACAUUUCCAAUCCUGCUAAUCACAAAAAUAGUCCAUUUGUGCUAACCAAAGAAAUGUCUUUGCUGGAUUUUAGGAAUUACAUUUAUACAUGGAGUGCGGCCCAUAAAAGACAGCAAGUUCUAGGCGAUACCGAUCAAAUUGUUGCAAAUUUCUUUGAUCAAAUUUUCCACAAGGUCCCUUCAUUGACUAUGAAUAGUAGAGUGAAAGUUUUAUGGAAUACAGUUUACAAACUUGCUAGGGCCAAAUAG